AGAAUAACUGAAUUGUCUGAAACAACUAAACUACACGGAACAGUAAUAGGCGUUCAAAGUAUGGCCAAAAAUCAGUCCCCAAAGGAAUUUUAUUUUGUAUCUAACACAAUACAGUGUGUUAUACCACUGAGGUGCCAACAUAAUUCUUCUGUCACGUAGUGCUUUUCCCAGAUCGUUCCAUUUUCUGAACAUCGCAGGAGUCGUCAAUAAAACUAUGUAAUUCAGUAAAAUGUACCGCCAAUCACACAGUUUUAAAUUAGUGUUUGUGAAUUGAAAGAAAUACUUAAUAUUGUACUUUGCUUUUACAAUGGACUUAAACUUUGUUUAUAACACUUGAGGCUGUCUGUUUUAUUUAUAACUACAUUCUAUAUGAGAUCAUCCCGUUUAUGUAGUAGAUUCUUCCAUUCCAAAAUGGCGGUAGGCAGAAGUUAAAAAGUUCUUGAAAGUCGGUUCCAAAAGUUGAAGGAAGUUUUCUGGUGACAUCCAUGAAGAAAGUGUUGUUACCACAUACCUGACACACACCUGUCUGUUCCAGGUGUUCCUAUAAUGCUGAUGUAGCUGACACCUGUGUGAGUCAUGGCUGAGGGCCAGGGGGCGGCUGGGUGCUCAGGUGAAACUGCAGGUGUUCAUAAGUAUUUCUAUUACGUCAAAGACAAUGUCAGCUCAGACUGGAAGGACCUGGCCUUCCAUCUUGACUUUCGACGGUCAGACAUCGACAACAUUGAAGGGAGAAACCGGGAUGACAAGUCUCGCUGUAUGGACCUGUUGGAGGAAUGGCUGAAGGGUAACGGAGAGAGAGCCACCAUAGAGGUUCUGAUGGAGGCUCUGUCUGAGGCAAACCUACAGAGUGUUGUGGAUGGUCUGAGGAAGAAACUUCAAGAAGUUCCAGUUGGAGCUGCAGGAACAGAGUCUUCUUCAGUGACAGGUGUCAAUCAGACAGGUGGGAAUGUGACAGAUUUGUUCCAGGAGUCUGUGAAGAAGUACUAUGAGUUGAAACUGACUCACUUCAAGCCUCUGAUCUGGAAUGACAACUUCACACUUAGCCUCAGCGACAUCUUCACCCAGUUAGAGUUGAUACAAACACUAACAGGAAAACAAAGAAAAGAGCUUAAGUCAUUAGACGACUUGUUCAAGCCAGAUGUCACAGGACUGUCCACAGCACCAAGGUGCAUUCUGAUUGAGGGUGAAGCUGGAGGGGGGAAGACAACAUUUCUGUCCAAAGAAGCCCUAGAUGCCGUCUCACAGAAAACAGAGCUGGGCAGACGGCACAACAUCGUCCUGUUGAUCCGACUCCGGGAGGUGAGAGAGGGGGAGACCAUAGAGGAGAUGGUGUGGGACCAGUGUGUUGAUGAAACAACUGAAGGUAUUGAAGCACAGUCCAUUAGAACAAUCCUACAGAGGAACAAGUCCUGUGUGCUCUUCCUCCUAGAUGGGUAUGAUGAGCUGCGGCCUGAGGCCAGGGCAGCCGGGCAGGCCAUUCCCAAACUGCUGUCUGGCAAGAUGUACCCCGACAGCACGAUUGUGAUCACCUCCCGACCCUCAGCAGGAGUGCAGCAGUACACCUGGCCAGACUGUCACGUACACAUCAUGGGCUUCUCUGAAGAACAUGUAGAGGAGUACAUGCAGCAGUAUUUCACUGUUGUUGGGAAACAAGAACUGGCAGAGACACUUGCUGAACAUGUUGAAGAUAACAAUCUUUUGGACACUUUAAUCCAAACCCCAAUGUUCCUGAUGUUUGUGUGUCUGCUGUGGGAGGAGGACCAAGAGAUGGUGUCUACUGGAACAAUGAUGGGGCUGUACGACAACCUGCUGACAUGUCUGGUCAGAAAGUGCUGUGAGCGGGAAGGAGUGGACAUGCCAACAGAAGGGCUGCCUACAGAGGUUGCUGAGUCAUUACUGCAGCUCGGCAAGCUUUCACUAGAGGCACUGCUGAGGAAUGAGACCCUGCUUGACCUUACAGAAGUAAAGAGAGAAAAGGUUAAUUGGGAGUUACUGUUAAAGCUGGGUGUGGUCUCCUUGGAGGUUUCUUCCUCUAAAUUGCAUCCUAGGAAACAGCUGAACUUUUCACACAAGACCAUGCAAGAGUUCCUGGCUGGACGAUAUGUAGCUGAUGCUCAAGUGAACCAAGACAUUGUUGAGCUGCUGCAGCUCACCUCCAUAAGCAAGGCACAAGAACUCAGUAACCUGCUUCAGUUCACAUGUGGCUGUGACUCACAGGCAGCACAAGCUGUGAUGGAGGAACUAAGCAAGCUCAGCAGCAAGGAGUUUUCACAUUUACAACCAGAUGACUUUCAGGAGAAGACCCAUCUACCUGUAAAGCCAGAUGUGAAGAAAUCAGUUGAAACUUACAAGAGGUUCAUGUUGCUGUGCCUGAAUAUCUUGAAUGAAAGAAAGGAGCUGGGUGUACUGCAGGCUGUCAGCAGAGCCCUGCCAGUUAUCAUCUUGAACCUCCGCAGUAAACAACCAGCUGCUCUGCAGUAUUACUUGCAAAACAUCCAGUCAUCACAUCUUCCUGAUAGAAUGAUACUAGAAUCAUCUUUUGUUGAUAGAUCAGAAGCUCUUCAGUACCUGGAACAGAUUUUCACCUCGCAUGUUCCCGGCCUGAAGUUAGACCUAAGACUGCACUAUGUAACAUUCAACUCACCUGAUCUGACAGCCAGGCUGGUUUCAGUUCUGAAGAAUGUUCCCUGUCUGAGGGCGCUGGGUCUGUCACGCACAGAACUAACACCAUCAUCACUCCAGCCACUUGUGCAGGGGUUCAGACACAUGUCUCUGUUAGAGGAGCUGGAUCUUACUGACAACCAUGACUUUGGUGAUGCUGGGAUGGAAGUCCUACAGGUUGGGCUGUCCAGUGUUCCACACUUGGCUGUACUCUGUCUUGGAGGGAAUAUUUUUGGAGUUGGCAUGACAGCUGUGGGCAUGUCAUCCCUGGCUCCUAACAUGCGCCACCUAGUGGGACUGAGAGAACUGGAUAUAGGUGGUAAUGCGAUUGGUGACACUGGGCUGGAAUCUCUCACCACCGUCCUCCACACCUUCACUGCCAUGCAGGUGUUGCUCCUGAGUUGUAUCGGUAUCAGGCCCACAGGCAUGCGCACACUGGUCCCUGCACUGUGUAAGUUAACCAGACUGAUCAAACUGGACAUUGGUUAUAAUGCCUUAGGAGACCCUGGGCUGGAAUGCCUGGCUGCUAUCCUCCACCACCUCACAGCCAUGAAGGUGUUGGUUCUCAGUUGGACACUUAUCAGUGACAGGGGAAUAUCAUCCCUGAUCAAAGCUCUGCCUCACCUGGUGCAAUUACAGGUGUUGGAUGUGAGUGACAAUAACAUAGGAGACUCAGGGAUUGUCUCACUGGUGCAAACACUCUGCCAGCCCAGCAGUUUGGUCAUGGAACAAAACCCACCUGGUGACAAGAGUCUGACCACAGCCCCUCACUAUAACACCACACUACAGGAGCUGCACAUCGGGAGGAAUAGGGGAGUAACAGGAGCCGGACUGGGGAGGGUCGCACAGGUCAUCAGCACACUGCCAGCACUGACCAGGCUGGACAUGUCUGGUCCCUCAGACACACCUGCACACCUGUCUGACACCGCUGCCAUGGAUCUGGCCGAGGCUCUACCCAGACUCCCUGCCCUGGAGCAGCUGGACCUGCAGAACAUCUCCAUGGAGCCUGCAGGGUUCCAGGCUGUGGUGCAGGCUGCUGAGGAACACCCAACACUGGAGAAGCUGAGGUACUAUAUUUGGCUAGUUCCUGAGGGAGCGGACACCACAGCCAGCUGUCUGAGUCUAGUGCCCCAAAUUGAUGUGGAGGAAUAUUUCGACAGAGUCAUCAAUGGCAUCAGUCACAAGUGGGACGACCUGGCCCGGAAGUUAGGGUUCAACAGGAAUGAAAUAAAAGGAAUCAGGACAGAUGAGCCUGAUCAAGACCACAGGUGCAGAGAAGUGCUGGACAGAUGGAGAAACAGGAAGGGAAGGGGAGCUACUCUACAAGUUCUGAAACAGGCACUUAUUAACAUUGAUGAACAGUGGACUGCAGAGAGUUUAGAAGAGUUACGGGAGCCACAGCCAUCCACAAGCAAACGUAAAAGGAAGGAAAAACACCUGGAACAAACCCCUGGAGAAAAGUCGAAGAAACCAAGAACUGAAUCUGAUUCUGAAGAUGGGGAAUCACAUGAGGAAGCACUGGCAGAAGUUCCAGCUGAAGCUGCAGGAACAGUGUCUACUUCAGUGACAGGUGUCAAUCUGACAGAUUUGUUCCAGAAGUCUGUCAAGAGGCGCUAUGAGUUGAAACUGACUCACUUCAAGCCUCUGAUCUGGAAUGACAACUUCACACUUAGCCUCACUGACAUCUUCACCCAGUUAGAGUUGAUACAAAAAUCAAAACAUACAAGGUCAGCAUCAAUGAGGGAAGAACAAAGGAAAGAACUUAAGUCAUUAGACGACUUGUUCAACCCAGAUGUCACAGGACUGUCCACAGCACCAAGGUGCAUUCUGAUUGAGGGUGAAGCUGGAGGGGGGAAGACAACGUUUCUCUCCAAAGAAGCCCUAGAUGCCGUCUCACAGAAAACAGAGCUGGGCAGACGACACGACAUCGUCCUGUUGAUCCGACUCCGGGAGGUGAGAGAGGGGGAGACCAUAGAGGAGAUGGUGUGGGACCAGUGUGUUGAUGAAACAACUGAAGGUAUUGAAGCACAGUCCAUUAGAACAAUCCUACAGAGAAACGAGCCCCGUUUGCUCUUCCUCCUAGAUGGGUAUGAUGAGCUGCGGCCUGAGGCCAGGGCAGCCGGGCAGGCCAUUCCCAAACUGCUGUCUGGCAAGAUGUACCCCAACAGCACGAUUGUGAUCACCUCCCGACCCUCAGCAGGAGUGCAGCAGUACACCCGGCCAGACUGUCAUGUACACAUCAUGGGCUUCUCUGAAGAACUUGUAGAGGAAUACAUGCAGCAGUAUUUCACUGUUGUUGGGAAGCAAGAACUGACAAAGACACUAGCUGUACAUAUUGACAGUAAUGAACUUUUGAACACUAUAAUCUAUACACCAAUGUUCCUGAUGUUUGUGUGUCUGCUGUGGGAGGAGGACCAAGAGAUGGUGUCUACUGGAACAAUGAUGGGGCUGUACGACAACCUGCUGACAUGUCUGGUCAGAAAGUGCUGUAAGCGGGAAGGAGUGGACAUGCCAACAGAAGGGCUGCCUACAGAGGUUGCUGAGUCAUUACUGCAGCUUGGCAAGCUUGCACUAGAGGCACUGCUGAGGAAUGAGACCCUGCUUGACCUUACAGAAGUAAAGAGAGAAAAGGUUAAUUGGGAGUUACUGUUAAAGCUGGGCGUGGUCUCCUUGGAGGAUUCUUCCUCUAAAUUGCAUCCUAGGAAACAGCUGAACUUUUCACACAAGACCAUGCAAGAGUUCCUGGCCGGACGAUAUGUAGCUCAUGCUCAAUUGAACCAAGACAUUGUUGAGCUGCUGCAGCUCACCUCCAUAGGCAAGUCACUUGAACUCAGUAACCUGCUUCAGUUCACAUGUGGCUGUGACUCACAGGCAGCACAAGCUGUGAUGGAGGAACUAAGCAAGCUCAGCAGUAAGGAGUUUUCACAUUUAAGACCAGAUGACUUUCAGGAGAAGACCCACCUACCUGUAAAGCCAGAUGUUAAGAAGUCAGUUGAAACUUACAAGAGGUUCAUGUUGCUGUGCCUGAAUAUCCUGAAUGAAAGAAAGGAGCAGGGUGUUCUGCAGGCUGUCAGCAGAGCUCUACCAGUUAUCAUCUUGGACCGCUACAUACUCAGUAAACAACAUGCUGCUCUAAAGUAUUACUUGGAAAACAUCCAGUCAUCACAUCUCCCUGAUAGAAUGAUACUAGGAUCACCUUUUGUUGAUACAUCAGAAGCUCUUCAGUACCUGGAACAGAUUUUCACCUCACGUGUUCCUGGCCUGCAGUUAGACCUAAGACUGAACUAUGUAACAUUUAACUCCCCUGAUCUGACAGCCAGGCUGGUUUCAGUUCUGAAGAAUGUUCCCUGUCUGAGGGCACUGGAUCUGUCAUGGACAAACCUAACACCAUCAUCACUCCAGCCACUUGUGCAGGGGUUCAGACACAUGUCUCUGUUAGAGGAGCUGGAUCUUAUUGAGAACUCUGACCUUGGUGAUGCUGGGAUGGAAGUCCUACAGGUUGGGCUGUCCAGUGUUCCACACCUGGCUGUACUCCGUCUUGAGUUUGUCAGGAUGACAGCUGUGGGCAUGUCAUCCCUGGCUCCCUACAUGCACCACCUAGUGGGACUGAGAGAACUGGAUAUAGGUGGUAAUAAGAUCGGUGACACUGGGAUGGAAUCUCUCACCACCGUCCUCCACACCUUCACUGCCAUGCAGGUGUUGGACCUGCGUUGGGCCCGUAUCAGCCCCACAGGCAUGCGCACACUGGUCCCUGCACUGUGUAAGUUAACCAGACUGAUCAAACUGGACAUUAGUGUUAAUGCCAUAGGAGACCCCGGGCUGGAAUGCCUGGCUGCUAUCCUCCACCACCUCACAGCCAUAAAGGUGUUGGUUCUCAGUAGCACAGGUAUCAGUGACAGGGGAAUAUCAUCCCUGAUCAAAGCUCUGCCUCACCUGGUGCAAUUACAGGUGUUGAAUGUGAGUGACAAUAACAUAGGAGACUCAGGGAUUGUCUCACUGGUGCAAACACUUGGCCAGCCCAGCAGUUUGGACAUGGAACAAAACCCACCUGGUGACAAGAGUCUGACCACAGCCCCUCACUAUAACACCACACUACAGGAGCUGCACAUCGGGUACAAUAGGGGAGUAACAGGAACCGGACUGGGGAGGGUCGCACAGCUCAUCAGCACACUGCCGGCACUGACCGGGCUGUACAUGUCUGGUCCCUGGGUCACACCUACACACCUGUCUGACACCGCUGCCAUGGAUUUGGCCAAGGCUCUACCCAGACUCCCUGCCCUGGAGGAGCUGUACCUGCAUGACAUCUCCAUGGCGCCUGCAGGGUUCCAGGCUGUGGUGCAGGCUGCUGAGGAACACCCAACACUGGAGCAGCUGUUGUACACUAGGCAUGGAGUUCCUGAGGGAGCAGACACCACAGCCAGCUGCCUGGAGCUGUACUGAGUCCCCAACAUGGUGACCUGUUCUGUACAUUUCCUCAGCUCAGACAACACCAGCUCAGAAUGACGUGAACCAAACAAACCAGUUUCAGCCAAAUUCACUCAGGAUGAGGACAUUGAGAUGAUCUACGAAAUGUUAAUAAUAUUUUGUAGGGACAAUUU